AAAAGAUAAGAACGUGUGAGGAACUCAGCAACACAGUUUAACCUCUUCAUGUUCUCCGCAGUCGCUAUUGUGAUUCAGGAGAUGAACGUCGCUUAAUGAAGGCUGAACUGCUGAUCUCACUCAGAAUGUCUCUGACUGUUUCUCUGCUUCUGUUUCUGCUCUGCAUCUCAGGAGUUGUUGCUCAGGACGGGUGGGCUGUGAAUUACAACUCUAAAUCUAUCUGUGCUCUAAAGGGGUCUGCAGUGACCAUGGAGUGCACUUACACACCUCCAAGUAAUCACUCAGUCCAAAAAGCUUUCUGGACUAAGGAGCUGGUUACAUCUGGUUCAGAACCUCCUGAUCUGUUAGAUGAUCCAGAGUACAGAGGCAGAGUUCAGUACCUCGGAGAUGAACACAGUGACUGCACUCUCAGAUUUAAGACUGUGAGAGAAAAUGAUCAAAGUAAAUACUACUUCACAUUUAUAACAGACCAACCUGGAGGAAAGUAUCAAGGUGCAGGUGGAGUUGAUGUUUCAGUCACAGAUCUCCAGGUGGAGGUUCCUGAGAGAGUGAUAGAGGGAGAUAAAGUCACUCUCACAUGUAAAACCACCUGCAGUCUGACAGUCAGACCAACAUUCACUUGGUACAGAAAUGGACAUCGUUUAUCCUCCAGUACUGACCAACUCCACCUGCAGGCGGUCAGCAGUAAUAAUGAGGACAGGUAUCGCUGUGCUGUACUGGGUCUUCGCUCUCCUGUGGUCACUGUUAAUGUCAGAUAUCGUCCAAAGAGUGUCUCAAUGUCCCCUGGUGAAACAGCAGAGGGCAGUUCAGUGACUCUGAACUGCAGCAGUGAUGCAAACCCACCUGUGCAGAACUACACCUGGUUUAAAGAAGGUGAAACCUCACCUAUAGGAGCUGGAUUCAGUUACAGUGUUCUACAGAGUGGAUCCUACUACUGUGAGGCUCAGAAUGAACACGGAUCUCAGAGAUCAGCUGCAGAGACUGUCACUGUAAAAGGGAGUGGAAAUGCAGCUCUGUAUGCUGGGCUUGGAGUUGGACCAUGUGUUCUCAUUGUCAUUGGUCUGGUUGAAUGGCAUUUUUGAUCACACUUGACAGAAGUAGCCCUGUGGCAGCGAAAACAGAUGAGUGAUACAACACCUGAUCCAGAUCUGUCCAAUCAGGAUGAUGUUCAUUAUGCCAGUGUUUUACAGUGUUUAAAGAGUCAAAAUCAUAGGAAUGCGUAGAGCUUAGCAGUGGCAGCAUUUGACUUUGGACUGAAGGACUCACAUUCUGUCCAUUAGUGUUGUUAUUUCAUAAGUUAAUUGCACUCGUCGGCUGGUAAUGUGUGAUAAAAGGCCCACAGGUAAAAUUUUGCUCACAUACGGCUGUGAUACUAUUCAUACUUCUUACUACACCAUCCAACUAAAUUGUUUAAAAAAUUUUGCCUCAGUUCAGCCACUAAAUCAGCAAAGAACUCCUGUUUGAACAGCACCAAUUAAAGCUCAGCAUGUUUGUGCAUAUUUUAUAUUUUAUUGUUUAUGUAAAUGAAUAAAAUAAAUUUGGGGUUGCUUUUUAAAUGAAUAGAUUUAGGAAAGAAUGAAUUUCCACCUGAAGAAAUGAACUUCCAACUUUAAAAUGAUUGAUUUAAAUAUUUUUUUUUGAUUUGUUAAAUCAACUGUGAGGUGAGCUUGUGCUCAACUUCUGUAUAUGCUUCUGUAUGUUCUGUUCUGUUUCCUACUUUCGAAGUGCAUCAAAUAAAAA